AUGAAUUAGCACUUGAAACUAUAAUGUGGAUAAUUGGUACACUUAAAGCAAAAACAGCAAGUUAUUGAAAUUAUUUAAUACUUGUGUUUGCUCGUUUAUUACAAAGGAAUGAAGAAACGAGAGAGAAAGUAUUAACCUCUUUGUAAAAAGUCAUACAUUUAUGUGGAAUUUAAUUUAAUCCCUAAUAUAUUGAUUAAGUGA